AAACCACAACAUCAACGGCCAAAGCACAGGCAAAAAGCGCCAGCCGGUGAUGGUUAAAUUUUCAGUAUAAAAAAUCGCCAAUGUAUAUUUAAAGCAUAUUUGCAAGUACGCCCUCAACGCUCCAAGGAUUGUGGCCCCAGGAACGAUUGGAGCAUUCCACAGAGCGACCCUAUCCGGAGUAGUUACAACCGCAAUUCGUUUUGCACCCGUUCCAUUUGGCCCGCAUGACGUAGUUUUGCGCUAGAGGAGAAACCACGGAGCACCCCCCACAAUAGAAAAGAACUGAUUGGAAUCUAUAGUGCGAUAGUGACGCAGCGCGCCGUUGCAGGAUGCUGUUGCGCGGCGUGCAGAUCCUGCAGCGAAGACACCAGCACUUGGGAAAGGCUUUUAGCCAGUGCUCCUUACGUCAAGACGGCAGGAACCCUUGGAGGCGGCAUGACGGCGAGGCAUUCAAACUACAGCCGUGGAAGCGACCAAGCACGUUCCUUCAGUUUCGCUGCAGCGCCAAUGGCAGUGAUUCCAAGAAGGAAAAACCUGUGCAGGAGGAGGCCACCGCUGGUCCAGUUGCCAAGCCAAAGGAAACGAAAAACUUUGAGGUGAAGACCACAAAGGGCAUCCUGUCUAUCAGCACCACCAUCGAGGACUCCAAAAUUAACGAGAUUGUGUUUGAAAAAUCCGAUCUGCCACCGGUAACGAAGGUGAAAGAGCCGGUUUUGGCCGCAAGUGCCAUUAAUCUACGUUCUACGUCUACUGGAGUAGCAACUGGUGCUGUAGGAUUGGGAGAGAGCUCUGGUUCUGUUAUGAAUCCUCCUGAAACAGUGAAAAGCGCACCUAAAAAUUCUCCGUCUGGUGCUGUGCUAGCUGAAAAGGCGGGAGAAGGUAUUCGAACAUCCCCACCUGCAGAGGUAACGCCUCCAGCGCCUGUGAUUCCUCUAAAGCGACCCCGAUUCGAUUAUCGUGCUUCCCUAGAGCGCAACUUUGUGACCCCCAACCGGGCCAUCAGCGAUUUCUUGUUGACCGCUGCUCAACUCGAAAGUCUGCCCAAGAUCAAGCGGAGAUCGCCGUACGAGCAGGAGCCACCCAUGACUGUCUACUGGCGACGGGAUGUGGAGGCUAAGGCCGUCGAAGUGUGGGGGUCCAAGGAAAAUCUGUUGCGGGAGCGACUCAAGCGGGAGGUGGAGCGCAAGCAAUACCAGCAGAUCUAUGACUCCGCAGAUCUAUUCACUGUUAAACGGCGGUUGCGUGACUACCGCAGGGAAAUGGGAUCUCGAACCAAAGUAAUGCUCGACAACAGAAAGGAGUCGGAGAAGUCCGGGCAAGUGGUGGCCACCGCCAUCGCUAUCAAUGCAGCCAAUUUGCUUUUCAAGGCAGGAGGUUGGCUGUACAGCGGUUCUCACAGCAUGUUUGCAGAAGUUAUCCAUUCUUUGGCCGACUUAAUCAACCAGCUCAUCCUCGCGUUUGGCAUCUACAAGUCCUCUCAGAGUCCCGAUAUAGAUCAUCCAUAUGGAUACAUGAACAUGCGAUAUGUUUCCUCGCUGAUUUCGGGCGUUGGCAUCUUUUGCGUUGGCUGUGGCCUGUCCAUAUACCACGGUAUUGAUGGCAUUCUCCAUCCGGAACCCAUAACAGAUCUAUUUUGGGUGUACUGUAUCUUGAUGGGAUCAUUAGUUUCUGAGGGAGCCACAUUGGUGGUGGCCAUUAAUGAGCUUAAGCGAUCGGCUAAGGAAAACAAUAUGUCCUUUAAGGAUUAUGUGAUUUCUGGCAAGGAUCCGUGCGUGAAUGUGGUGCUGUGUGAAGACGCUGCAGCGGUAACUGGCGUUAUGGUGGCUGCAGCUUGCAUGGGAUUAAGUAGUUACACAGGAUCGCCCAUCUUCGACGCCGCUGGUUCACUGGUUAUAGGUGCUCUUCUGGGCGCUGUGGCCUCUUUUAUUAUUUAUACAAAUGCCAAUGCGUUGGUGGGGAUAUCCAUUGCUUCCGAGCGCCUAGAAAAGAUUAACUCUGCUUUGGAGGCUGAUGUAAUGAUCAGAGCGAUUUACGAUGUCAAGGGAAUCGAUAUUGGCAAUGCUCGGGUUCGGUAUAAGGCUGAGCUCGACUUUGACGGCCGUGAGCUGACCCGUUCGUAUCUGGACAAACAGGAUCUCGCAAAACUGCUCACGACGGUUCGAGGCUUUCAAAAGGUUGAGGAUCUGGAGAGCUUUCUGCUGGAUCAAGGCGAAAACAUUGUGGACCUGAUGGGCGGCGAAAUUGAUCGCAUUGAGAUGAACUUGCGGACACAAUUCCCGGAAAUACGCCAUGUGGACCUGGAAAUACUCUAAUCGCCCUCUAUUCGCCUGGGGGACUGUUAAAUACAUAAAGCAUUGGGUGAUUUGGUUGCUUUCUAUAAGAAAUUAUUGCCUGUCUAGCAUAUAUUUAUUUCCCAUUGUGUACUUCUAGAUAUAAACCUAAAACUAAGCAUUAAAAGUGUAUUGUCGCGGGCUUGACAGGAGCCCGUGGUUUGAAUAUAUCUGUUUCUUAACGUAGUUUGUUGAAUUAAAAAGCCUAGAUAUUCCUUC